AUGCUUACCCGUAACAGUAUUCAAAUUGGUAGUAACUGGUACACGGGAUGGGAUGGUACUCCACUCCAACUCCUGCUCGUCCUGUUCGCCGAACUCCCAAAGACUCUGGGUUCAUCUCCAACCCAUCCUCUUCUCAGAUUACUUGCUCCUCGCUCACUGUUGCUGCUGGGAGCACCAUUCAAGUUCAUUGGAACACUUGGCCUGAUUAACACAAUUGGGUAUCUCGUGGCCAAUAACUUUACAGCUUCCGUUACCAUCCCUAGCAAGCUAGCUGCCGGAGAGUAUCUCCUUCGCCAUGAGCUUCUGGCCCUGCAUGGCGCAACGUCAGUUGGAGGCGCGCAGUUCUAUCCCGUUUACAUUCAACUCAUUGUUACCCGUGGAGGCUCAGCGUCACCGAGCGAUCUAGCUUUUCCUGGUGCGUACUCUGCGACAGACCCAGGUAUCUACUUCAAUCCGUUCCAAGGUGAUGCCGCCAAUCAGAAAUACGUCGGGCCAGGUGGUCCGGUGCACCAGUUCUGA